UGACGCUCCAAGUCUACCUAACUUACUACCUUACACACUCCACUCCUUGUUUCUCUCGAUCUAAUCUUACAUUUCCCUUUCCCAUUUCUCCCACUCCCACCUUUUCAAUUUCAAGGUUCCCACCCUGUCUCCCCUCUUCUGCUUCCCUUCUUCCAAUUCGGCCUGCAUGCUUGGCUAAGAGGCUACUAGACAGCUCUUUCCUUGGGCUUUCCUCGUCACCAUAUCGUCCUGUUGCUAUUGUUAUGAUUACACGACCCUCUUGUUGAAUAAUGUUUCAUUGUUGAAUUAACUACGACAUGCUUCCCUCUCAAUCCAAUGGCUCUCCCAAACGAGUCAAUCCUUUCAGUCGCGCCACGCCAUCGCCGUCUUCCUCUCCCAACCAGCAGGCAAGAGGGCUGCGCCCCAAGUCUGCUGUCGUUACAUCGCCCAGUAAAUUCCAAGAGGCACGAGGGCAUUUCCGAAAUGCUUCGUCGGUCUCGCAAGCAUCUACUUCUCUAGUACCUCGACCUGGACUUCGCCAGAGAUCGGGCUCGUUGAGGAAUGAUGCUGCGUCUGGGACCUUUGCGCCGGAGUUCAUAAAGACAGAAGAGCUCCGGCGCGGAGCUGAUCAGAUCCGGGGUCUGGAAGGCGACAAUGACUUCUCGGGGAACAAAUAUGUCUGGCUACGUGACCCUGAGAAGGCAUUCGUACGGGGACUGGUGCUGGAGGAAGAUGAAGGUGGUCGGCUGCUAGUUCAGACCGACGAUGGAGAGGUAUUUUUGCUUUGUAUGAUGGGCCCGAGACGCAUUAGCUGACUUUCACAGCAACGAGAGGUCGAAGUCGACCAAGUGGACAAGGUCAACCCGGCGAAGUUCGACAAGGCUGAUGAUAUGGCCGAAUUGACGCAUCUAAAUGAGGCCUCGGUGGUCCACAACCUGCAUACUCGAUACCAAGCCGAUC